AUGGGGAGGUUCUUGGGCUCGGCACAAUCUACAGCAAGUAGCGAGCGCAAUCGACGGUACGAAAUGCUUGCAGGCGUAAAUGAAGAAGACGAAAAUGUACGUCGCUCAACAGAAGUUGCUACAACUCCCCACGCAGACGACGACGCGCGCGUGGUGGCACCGAGCGUCGCGAGUCGAUUGGCGCCUUUGAGCAGCGACAGUGAGAUUGAUGCAGAGGGAAAGCAACAUAUUAAUAAAGAGGCGAUGGAUCAAGUAGAAAAUGUAGCGGAAGACAAUGAAAUUGGAAUAAAGGAUGAAAGCACGACAGAGGAUGGAGACCAGGAGCCUGUGAAAAACACUGACCCGGAGGCCGUUCACGUCCGCAUUUUGGACCUCAAUGGCAAAUUUUUUAAUAUUUCUUGCCGUCUGGACUGGCACAUUUCUCAAAUGAAACUUAAAGUAUUGGAGUGUACUGAAGUGGCCAUUGCGUCUCAGCGACUCAUCUACCGUGGUAGAGUAUUGGAAGACGAAGCCACAUUAGCCAGUUACAAGGUUGAAGAUGGACAUACCAUUCAUCUCUUUGUAAGAGCUGCACCAACACCCGAUCCUGAGAUAUUAAACGCUGAAGUCAACUCUAGUGGCACUUCUGCUGGGGGUCGAGACGAAAACAUGACGGUCGUAAAUAUUAACAGUGAAAUUGUUUCGUCCGCGGUUUUUCCGUCUGACUCGGCUCGACGUGUAGAUCCAUUAAUGCUCGAUUCUCCAUUGGGCAAUUGUGCUCGUCGUGUGAAGCUCUGGAGCUCGUUCUUGCUUAUUAUAUACACGAUGAAAGUCAUGGGGCAGUUUGCUUUGUUGGCCAAUGACCAGCAGCAACGAGCGGCUCAACAAGAACAGGAAACGGCUGGGAUUAGUGGAACUGAUCGACCUAUAAACCGUUUUGACGAGUAUCCACAGUAUUUUACGCCUGAUCCGCUUAUUGGCGGAAUUGAAUUGAUGAUACACUCUUUUGGUGUGUACAUUGGUUGCGUUGGAUUUAAGGCAGCACAUGACACGGACAUUCGUCCGAUUCGGUUUUAUUGUCGAGGUGUUGUCUGGCUUGCCAUAUUGACCGUGGUAGAGCAGAUUUACACAACCGUACAAAUCUCCAGGUCCGACUUUUCAACUGAGCGAGUGCAAUAUCCGUAUGGUGGACCAGGUCCGACUAAGGAUGACCUUGUUUCGGCUAAUAUUUUUCAAACAGUCAUGCUCAUGGUUAUGUGGAUCAUUGCAAUUCGUCACUCGUAUUCGCACCAGCGAGAGGUGUCAAUUUACAAUCAGUCGUUUGCUGCAGCGGCGAUGAAUGCCGCGCCUCCUGUUCAUUUACCUGAAGUCGUGUAA